GAAAUCGAUCCACCGUUAUUAAGUGUCAUCUGAAAACUCAGUAGCUCACGGAGGAUUUAGACUUGCUUGUGCGUCGUAUUGUUUGACUUGGUUUUUAUCACUAAGGCUAUCGCACUUUUGGUUUUGAGAAACAUCAUUUUGCUGGACCGCUUUUUCUACCUGUCAGAAUUGUUUAGUAUACCACGAAGUCCUCCAAAUGUACUCCUAUUAAUUCAAAAACAAGAAAAAUUUUAAAGGUGAUGUACAGCACUGAGAAACCGAUCCAAAUCGCUCAUUUGGUUUAAGGUAUUGCACUGCAGACGGAGGGGAAGAGAAACGUUCUUGUGACCGCAGUGAUUUCAGUCGUGACCGGGAUCUGUCAGAAAUAAUUUCGGCGCCAAUAUACCGUACGACGUUGUCUUUGACUACCGGGCCUUCUGCUGGCAGGAUUCUGCGAAGGAGAGAUUGCAGUAUCAAGAAAGAAUUGUGGAAGUCUCUUUAUAUCCAGUGCAGACGCACGUCGGCACACAUUCUGAAAUCCUCCACACGCUAUGAACAGAGGUGGUGGCCGUGCAAGAGCAUCGUGCCCCUCUUCUAACAAUAGGAAUCGUAGCCAUUUUCACGGCAAUCAUAGUCGAGGAUACUUGAAUCGUCAAAGCAACCUUUCUACAACUCGAUUUGUUCCAUUUAGUUCUACUCCAGAUAUUUUGCCUAACACUGAUUUUCACAGACAGCAGGUCCAGUUUUUAACAGGGCAGAACAGUGAGGCUCCACAGUACAGGAGGCAGCCAUUGCCGCCAGAUGCAUCAAUACCUUUCCUUCAGCAAGAGCAACCUGUUCAGUUGCCAACAGAGAGACACCCUACCUUCAUUCAAGACAGCACUAAUUGUAGCUCAUGGUUCUAUCAACAGGCCUAUCAUUCUAGAAACCACUUUUCAAAUAAUUACCACAGUAAGACUCAUAGAAACAGACCCUUCAACAAGAGGAGGCAGCAGUUAUCAGUUAAUUCCCUAACUAAUCAUUUUCAUCAACUGACUAUUAAAGAGGGAGACAACAAUCAAGAUAUUUUGGGUAUAUUGGAAACUCUAGCACCAGGUGAAAACAUUUCGGCCUUCACAAUUGCCAGGCAAUUAAAAAUUGAAAAGAAAGUUGUCAAUAGAUUCCUCUACUCUCUUAGGAGUCAAGGUCGUGUCCAGAGUGAAGGAGAUAAACCUCCACUUUGGAGUUUAGCCCCUUUAAAAGUAGAAGGUAGGGUAGAGCCUGCAGCUGUACAGUCAAGUGAAAACAUAACAUUGGAUACUCAUUGCUGUGCUGUUAGCACUCAAAUUGAAGUAUCUUCAGUGGUCUCCUCACAGAGUUUUGAAGAGGACAAAAGUAACGAAGAAGAAGAAGAAGAAGAGGAGGAAACUUGGGAGGAAGAGUCUGAAAACAGCAGCAGUAGUAGUGAAGAGACACAGACAGAAAUUCUCAACAUGUAUGACAUUAAAGAAAAAAUAUGUGAGUACCUGUUUAAUGCAGGUAAAUCUACUGCUCUCAGCAUAUCAAAGAACCUAGGGUUUAAAACAGCAAAGCAAGUAAACUCCACUCUCAUUGAGCUGGAAAAUCAGGGUGACUUAAAUAGGGAUCAGGCCAAGAGCAAUACAUGGGAUCUUACUAACAAGAAGAGGGAACGUAUGAACCGGCAUAAAAAAGCUGCUGAUGUGCAUGGGCAACAAAUUUCUGCAGUGGCCACAGGACAAGUUCAUUUUGAGUCCUCUGACGUACUUGAUUGCCAGUCCGCUAUUGACAGUUCAACAGAUGUGGGAAAUGGGCAGCUUGUAGCGGAAUCUUCUGGAAUACCAGCUCUGGAGUUUAACACGAGUGCAAGCUCAACCUUGGCAACACCUCAAACAGCUGUUUGCAACAGCAUGGAGGAUGGUCAGUGGGCUUCUGAUGAUAUUCCGCCAUACCUGAAUGCUAUUACUGCAGAUCCAGGAUUCCCACGUAGCAUGGUACAAGGAGGUGGGCCUCUGCAGAAACUUCUAGAGGUGCGCUGUAAAAACCCAGUUAGUGGACUUAUUGAAUAUGCACAAUAUAUGGGUCAAAAUUGUGAUUUUGUGCUGCUGAACCAGACUGGGCCUUCCCAUGAUCCCAGAUUUCAGAUGCAGGUACUGCUGGGUAAUCGGAGAUUUCCGGUAGCAGAAGCAAACAGCAAGAAGACUGCAAAGAAGGAUGCAGCAGCAAGUGCUAUGAAACUGCUUCUUAAGGAGGCAGAGGUCAGCAGUGAGUCAUGUGAUUUCUCAGAUUCAGACAGUAUGGAGCAUGUCACAGGAGCCGAUAUAUCACCUGCUGAAGACCCAGUCCAAUCCCCUACUUCAAAGUAUGUACCUGUUGGGAAAAAUCCAAUUAGUAUGCUAAUGGAGUAUGGGCAGAAGAGUGGCCACUCCUGUGAAUUCUUGGCUGUGUCUCAACAUGGUCCCUCUCAUGAUCCCAGAUUUACUUUCCAGGUGAAAAUGGGUGGUAAGCUAUUUUCUCCAGUUGUGGCAAAUAGUAAAAAACUUGCUAAACAGUUAGCAGCUGAAGCAGCAGUACGUGAAUUAAAGUUGGAAAGUGCCCUUAAUUUCUCCACCAUCAAACCACAACCAACUUCUGAGCCUCAGGAUUCAAGUUCUCGUGUGGAACAGUGUGUUUCUUUACCACCCCUGACUGUACAAGAACUGGAAGCUGCCCAUGCUGCUGGAGUUGGUGACCUUAUCAACUAUCUUAAUAAGAAUGCUAUCAGUGGUUUAUUGGAGUAUGCCCGCUCUAAAGGUUUUGCGGCAGAGAUCAAACUUGUAGAACAAUCUGGCCCCGCACAUGACCCCAAAUUCACAUAUCAGGCAAAAGUAGGAGGCCGUUGGUUUCCCCCAGUCAGUGCAAACAACAAGAAGCAAGGGAAACAGGAAGCAGCAGAUGCAGCACUAAGAGUACUCAUUGGGGAAGCAGAAAAGGCAGCUCGCACAGGAGAAUUUAUACCUGAGCUUCCUGUCAGUGGCAGCACAUUACAUGACCAAAUUGCCAUGCUCAGCCAUCAGCCACAAGGCACUGCAAAAACUCUUCCUGUCAGUGGCAGCACAUUACAUGACCAAAUUGCCAUGCUCAGCCAUCAGCGUUUUAAUUCUCUUACAGCACGUAUCCAGCAUAGCUUGCUGGGCAGAAUGAUUCUGGCAGCUAUUGUGAUGAAGAAGGGAGUAGAGACCCUGGGUUCUGUUGUUAGCAUUGGGACUGGAAACCGUUGUGUUAAAGGGGAAGAGCUCAGCCUUAAGGGUGACACAGUAAAUGACUGCCAUGCUGAGAUAAUCUCACGAAGGGGUUUCAUUAGAUUCCUGUUUGGCGAGUUAAUGAAAUAUGACUCGGCAUCUUCUGAAGAGAGCAUCUUUGAAGAAUCAAAGGAAGGCCGACUAAGAAUCAAAGAAGGAAUCACAUUUCACCUUUACAUUAGCACUGCCCCCUGUGGGGAUGGAGCUCUUUUUGAUAAAUCAUGCAGUGAACAGGCAACUACCUAUACAGAUUGUCAACAUCAUCCAUUUUUUGAGAAUAGCAAGCAAGGCAAAUUGCGUACCAAAGUGGAAAAUGGUGAGGGAACAAUUCCAGUGGAGUCGAGUGAUAUAGUGCCCACCUGGGAUGGUAUUCAGCAUGGGGAGCGGCUACGGACAAUGUCGUGCAGUGAUAAGAUCCUGCGAUGGAAUGUUCUUGGAAUGCAAGGGGCACUUUUAAGUCAUUUCAUUGAUCCUGUGUAUCUCAGCUCAGUCACCUUAGGGUACCUGUAUAGCCAUGGCCACCUGACAAGAGCGAUAUGCUGCCGAAUGUCAAGAGAUGGUGAUGAUUUCCAGAAGGGGUUGCCACAACCAUUCUUACUUAAUCACCCACAGGUUGGUCGUGUCAGUGUGUACGACUCUACCAGACAGACAGGCAGAACAAAGGAGUCAAGUGUGAAUUGGUGUUUGGCAGAUGACCAGGCUGUGGAAGUACUUGAUGGGACCAAGGGAAAAGUAGAUGGACCAAAGCUGGAAGUUUCAAGAGUUUCCAAAAGCAGUUUAUUCAAGCUUUUCCAGGAAAUGUGUAAAAAGAUGAAACGGCAGGAUCUGCUUGCUCUGCCCUCAUAUGCAGAUGCCAAGAUGGCAGCAAACACCUUCCAAAAAGCCAAGAGUCAUUUCUUCAGUGCUCUAGAACAGAUGAGUUAUGGAAAUUGGAUUCGCAAGCCACUGGAGGAAAAAAGUUUCUCUAAUGCUGAAUUAUAAAAACUCUGAUUAAACCCACUACCCAGCAACCACCUCAGGUUAGAGGAAUACUGCGAUGACGUCACAGAACAUCCUGCUGAGAGUCAGACUGACAGACUAAAUAUUGUUUUUUUUCUGUGUAUUUCAAUUACAAUUACUGGGGCAUUACUUUUGUGAUACAACUUAUUUUAAAAUGUUUGCUUUUAGUUCACUUGUAUGAAUGGUUUGAGUUACGAAGAUAGAGAGUACAUUCAUAAGGCUUUAGCGUAAGUCCCUGAAUACCUGGCAUUAAAAAGCCUAAAGACACUAAACACAAUUUAAAAUUUAGUGUAUUUACAAGUUGUAAAUGAAAGAAGUUUGAACGUGUUCAGAAUUGUACAAAUAUUUGCUUUUCAGGACAGGUUUAUCUUCUUUCGAUUGAAACAAUCAUUCAGAUUCUCACCUUUAUCAUGUUAACACUUUUCUUGCUGGAAUAACUGUCUUCUGCAGUAGAAUGACUGUUUUAUUUUUUUCUUUCCUAAUGUCACUUGAAAAAAACAAUAAGUGAUGUCUGUUUUGUGCAGAUGUGUAAAUUCAUAUUUGCUGGGACAUAUUUUUUAAUAACUGAAAAAAUGUGAGCUAACUGAUUAUUGAGUUUUAUGUUCUGGAUUGUCUCAUUUUUUAGCAGAAUCUACCAGUCAAAGUGAAAAAUUGUAAUGCAUCAUCUACAUUUAUGUUUAUAUGAAUAAGUCAAUACUGGUAUGAAUACAUUUUUCAAAGAGGAUGACUUCUGAUAAAGUUUUUUUCUUCUGCUUUUAAACCUUAGAAAUUAGUACCCAGUUACUCACUGCAUAAAUGAGAGAACUCAGACCAAAGAAAUUUCAGCAAAAGAUGGCCUGUGUAAUUUUGGAAGCUGAAUGCUCUGUCCAAGUGAAGUACACUGUGAUUCAUUUUGAGGAGUAGCCCUUAAAUGAGACAUUUCUAUUAAUGUGUUAAGUUAUGCUCUGGGUAAAGAAAGAAGCGGAUCUAAGUGAUGCACAGAAAAUUCUUAAAAGCUACUUUUUUAUUUCUAAAAUUCUUAUCUGUAGCAUCUUAAAUAUAAAAAAAUUUGUAAUACAAAAAAGUUAAUGUGUUUAUUAUUUGUCACCCCAUAUAAUUACUAACUAUAUCCACAGGUUACAGUAGAGUUGCUCUUUCUAAGACCACACACACACACACACGCACACACACACACUACUCCUCAUCUGAACUAACCAAGUUGGCCUCUUCAUGAGUUUAAAUUUUUUUUUUUCAAAUCUCUAGCAUUCAGAGUCUCUGUCGGAACUUAUGAUGAGCUGUUAACUAGUAAAAGAUCUUGGUAAACAUUUUAAGAUCUGUCUACUAACAUUAUAAAUUCAAAAUGCAGCUUUCAUUUUUAAUCAUCAACUAUUGAUUUUUUUUUUUUGUUUUUUAAUAAGUACCUGUGCAUUAACAUUUUCACAGUUUAAUUUCUGUGAAUUUGUCAACAGGUACUUGCUCCAAUUCCGCUUGGUUUAUAUAUCCAUUAUUUGACAUUAAUUCAUUAGUUUAUUUGUCAGUAUAACAUUUGAUUUUUAUGCUCUUAAAAAUUACUUUUUUGUGUUUACAGUUAAAUGUUAUAUAAACAAAAAUGUAACAGUUUUAUAUAUGUGGACAGUUGUUUUCAGUGCUUUCAACUAAGCAAUGAUCAUAUAUAAAUCUUUACUUCCAA